CUUUCUUUUCUGUGUGCGUGUAAGUGUUGUGGCCACCCAAAAACGACGGCGUUGCGGGUGAGGCUUAACGCUUCGCACUGAAACACCACUGAACAGUGAACGAAAGCCAUGGCAACGAUUCUAUCCUUCUCUUUCGUGCAACUCCAAUCUUCUCUCUUUCGUCAACGUACCAAUCUUCUCACAAGAACCUUCGCUUUUUCUUCGUCCUUUUCUUCUUCCUCUUCAGCUGCUUCUAUCUCUGCUCCCAACCUUUCCCGCAAGAAAUGGAAGCAACCUGUUUUCUCAGCGCUCGACCUCGGCGGAGUCAAGGUUAACAGAGAAGAUGUGGUGAGGGAUGAUCCUACGAAUAAUGUGCCAGACAAUAUAUUUUCAAAGUUAGGAGUGCAGCUCCAUAGGAGAGAUCAACACCCUCUUGGGAUACUCAAGAAUGCAAUAUACGAGUAUUUUGACACAAAUUAUUCAAAUAAGUACAAUAAGUUCGAUGAUCUUAGUCCUAUUGUUUCAGUGAAGGAGAAUUUUGAUGAUGUCUUGGUUCCGGAAGAUCAUGUGAGUAGAAGCUAUAAUGAUACGUACUAUGUAGACCCUCAAACUGUUUUGAGAUGCCAUACAAGUGCUCAUCAGGCUGAAUUAUUGAUUUCUAAUUAUCAACUUUAUAAAAUUUCCUCUUUUUAUUUUAUUUUUCUGUAGAUGGAAGGAUUUCGUGUUUUUGCUCCGGAGGAAUGGGAGGCAUCUGAAUUGGAUGGCACAUCAUUUGCAGCAGCUGACUUAAAGAAAUGCCUUGAGGGUUUAGCACGCCAUUUAUUUGGUUCUGUGGAAAUGCGCUGGGUGGAUACUUAUUUCCCAUUUACUAAUCCAUCAUUUGAACUUGAAAUAUACUUCAAGGAAAAGUGGUUGGAGGUUUUGGGCUGUGGAGUGACAGAGCAAGAGAUUCUAAGAAAAAAUGGGAAGCCAAACAAUGUUGCUUGGGCAUUUGGCCUAGGAUUGGAGAGGCUAGCAAUGGUUUUAUUUGACAUACCAGAUAUUCGUCUCUUUUGGUCAAAUGAUGAGCGAUUUACCUCCCAGUUCUCAGAGGGCCAGUUGGGAGUCAAAUUUAAGCCAUUUUCAAAGUAUCCACCUUGUUAUAAGGACAUCAGUUUCUGGAUCAAUGAAUCAUUUACUGAAAACAAUCUGUGUGAACUUGUCAGAGGAAUUGCUGGGGAUCUUGUAGAAGAGGUGCAAUUAAUAGACAAUUUUACCAACAAGAAAGGAAUGACCAGCCACUGCUAUAGGAUUGCAUAUAGGUCUAUGGAACGUUCUCUUACUGAUGAUGAAAUUAACGAUCUGCAGUGGAAAGUAAGAGAUCAGGUGCAAAGCAAAUUAAAUGUUGUGUUAAGAUGAGCUCUGAUGUCCUUAUGAUUAUGAAGAGUUGCUGUUUGUUCUCAAUUUUGUUCAUGUAUAGAUCUUUUUCCUCCUCCGAGCAUGUGAUUCAUGCUAUAGACCGAUAUAUGUAUUAUUCCAUUUUUGCAUGGUCAAAAUACACUGCUAUAAACAGGAUUUUGUAUCCUCAUUUUCCUUGACAUGAUGUUUCCACCGCACAAGAUAUUGAUUGUGAUUUCUGUCUA